GCCACCACGCAAGGCCCAUGGGGGUCUGGGAACCAGUCGGGUCCUGCACUGGGUCCUCCUCAUGAAAAAAACACCAUCUGCCUGGACAAAAUGGACAUUGUGUGGUUGGUUCUUGCCAUAAGCGUGCCUGUCUCCUCAUGCUCCGUGCUGCUUACCGUAUGCUGUAUGAGGAAAAAGAAGAAGUCUGCAACUCAGGAGAACAACUUGAGCUACUGGAAUGAUGCCAUCACCAUGGAUUAUUUCACCCGCCAUGCUGUGGAGCUCCCACGCGAGAUACAAUCACUGGAGACUGAGGAACAAGAGACGUGUCUGCCCCCUAACGGUGACUACAGCGACAGCGGCGUGGUUCUGGUUAACCCCUUUUGCCAAGAGACUCUCUUUAUCAACAGAGACAAGGCUUCUGAUAUCUAAACACACUAUAUUAAAAGGAGACAAAAUCCUUGAGGAUUUUCCAGUCCCUUUUA